UUGGGUAUACAUGUGCUGCUUUGAUUGGUAUAUAACAGGUUAUAACAGAUUGGUGUAUAAUUUCGGACACCUGUAAGCGAAACACCUCUUCUUGUAGGUUUGGUCUCAACCAUUUGCAAACCAAAUACAAUUCCUACAAACAGUUUCAACACUUUCAGUUUCAUUUCUCUGAACGUGAAGGCUGUAACAGAGGAAACACACCGAGAUAGACCUUACAACCAAGAACCAGAAAAAGUCAUGGCGUCUUCUCACACUGAUCUGGAAGAAAACCUCAAAUGCUCUAUUUGUUUGGAAAUCUUUAAGGAUCCAGUGGUUCUGCGUUGUAGUCACAGCUUCUGCAAGGAGUGUCUCGAGAGCACCUGGUGUCAGAAGCUGGUGAAGGAAUGCCCUCUCUGCAGACAUACUACAAAACGUUCUCCGUUUAAAAAUCUGUCUCUUAAGGGUGCGUGCGAGUCUUUCGUGGAGGAGAAGAGACGCAGGAUUUCGGCACAAAAUCAAGGUGUUCUCUGUGACGUUCAUGGUUUGAAGCAUGAGCUCUUCUGCAUAGAUGACCAGAAGCUGGUGUGUUUGAAAUGUGUGUCUCAGGACCAUAAAAAGCACAACUUUUGCAGUAUCGACAAAGCAGCUGAGGAACACAGGAAUAAACUUCAAAAACCUUUGCAGGAGCUUGAGAGCAAGCUGCAAACCUUAAUUAACAAAAAGGCCACCUUCGCCACCAUAGCUAGAAAACUCCAGGCUCAGGGCCAACAGACAGAGACACAGAUAAAGGAGGAGUUUAAGAAGCUUUAUCAGUUCCUCAGAGAGGAAGAGGAGGCUCGAUUAUCUGCACUAAGAGAUGAACAGAAGAAGAAGCAGGAGAAGAUUAUGGAGAAGACUGCAGAAGUUGAAGGAUUGCAUACUUCAUUAUCUGAACAAAUAAAAAAAAUUAAGGAUGACCUAAAGCAUGAUGCGAAUCUUUUUUUACAUAACUUCAGAGAUACGGAGGAGAGGUAAAAUUCAUUAUUUUCAUACAUCAGUGCUGGGUGCAAAAAGAACUAGACAUCCAUGUUCAUUUCUGCCCUAAAUUAAAGAAACAAUGGGAACACGGUGGCUUAGUGGUUAGCAGGUGUGUGGCACACCUCCAAGGUUGGGGGUUUGAAUCCUGUCUACGCCCUGUGCGUGCGGAGUUUGCAUGUUCUCCCCUUACUUCAGGGGUUUCCUCUGGGUACUCUGGUGUUCCCUGAGCUCCCUGGGAUUGGCUCCAGGCUCUCCUGUGACCCUGUGUAGGAUAAUCAGUACAGAAAAUGGAUGGAUGGAUGAAUACUAUCCACCUUGGGUAAUAUUCUCCAUACCACCUCUAAAUAGUGUUUGGGUUAUUUUAGCUCUAGCUCUAUAAUUUCCUAAUACAGUAUAACCAGUUGAACUAGCAGAUGUAGUUAAGCCUGAACAAUGCUGCUAAGCUGCACAUCUUAUAUAAUAUGUCUGCCUAUCUUUAUAUGUGUGUUUCAGAGUUAAGUUCACAGUACCAGAUCCAAAGCUUGAUUUAGGAACUUUAAUCAAUGUGUCUAAACACGUGGGGAAUCUGAGAUACAAAGUGUAUGAGAAGAUGAAGCACCUCUGUCCUUACUAUCCAGUAAUUCUGGACCCAAAUACCAAAUCAACUAACCUUGAGGUAUCUCCAGAUUUGACAAGCAUCACUUGUUCAAGCCAGGUGUUACUGACCUCUCCAGAAAAACGCUUCUGUUACAUCCUGGGCUCAGAAGGGUUCAGCUCAGGAGUGCACACCUGGCAGGUGGAUUUGGAACACUCAGAACACUGGGCUCUGGGAGUUGUUACUGAAUCCACUAAAAGAUUGCAAAACCUAUCCAACUGUUCUAUGCUCGUAAGUUGUAUUAAGGGUAAAUGUUCUUGGACCCCAGUAGCACCCAAGAUUAAGAAAGUGUGCGUUUUUCUGGACAUGACGAAAAAGCAGGUGGUCUUCAGUGAUCCUGACACUAAUGUCACAAUGAUAUCAUAUCAGUACAAAUACACUGAGAAAAUGUACCCUU